GCAGCGUUUCUUGGUUACGGUAAAGCUAAGCUAACAGCUAGUUUGCGUUUCUCUGGCUAUUUCCUCCUCUGCUCAGCGGGGCCCCGCCUCAGUGUCUUCCCGGCGUUUACAGUCAGUGACCCACGGACGUUUACAUCAGACUUUCGCCGUUUAUCCUCCGGGGAUGUCUUACCUGGAGAAGCCGGCCCCCGGCAGGCUGCUACUGGACGACACCGUUCCCCUGUCGGCGGUGAUCGAAGCCAGCCAGAACCUGCAGUCCCACACGGAGUACAUCGUCAGGGUCCAGAGGGGUGUGUCUGCAGAGAACAGCUGGCAGGUUAUCCGGCGCUACAGUGACUUUGAUGUUCUUAACAGCAGCCUGAUGGUUUGUGGCAUCAGUCUCCCUCUUCCUCCAAAGAAGUUAAUUGGAAACAUGGACAGAGAGUUCAUAGCAGAGAGGCAGAGAGGACUGCAGGCCUUUCUGGACUCAAUUACCCAGCAUCCCAUGCUUUCCAGCUCCUUGACUGUCAAGAAGUUUCUGGACCCAAACAACUACUCAGCCAACUACACAGAGAUCGCCCUGCAGCAGGUCUCCAUGUUCUUCAGGUCGGACCCAAAGUGGGAGGUCCUGGAGCCGCUCAAAGACAAUGGCUGGAGGAUCCGGAAGAAAUACUUUUUAAUCAAAAACAAAGAGCAGCCCAAAGAGCGGUAUCUGCUGAGCUGGGUGGACCUGGGUCCUGAUAAGUUCCUGUCGGACAAAGACCUGCAGUCAGCCAUGAAGCUGCUCACCAGCCUCUCGGUCCCAUACCUCUGUCCGCUGCUCUUCUCCAGCACCAGCGAAUCUUCAGCGCUGCUCAUCCGGCCGUUCAGUGAGAGAGGCUCCCUGAGAGACCACAUCUGUAAGGUGAAGCCCAGAGAGAGCUACCUGAAGAAGUACUGCAACCCUAAGAAGAGUCAGGGUCUCGAACUGCAGCACAUCAAACUGUACGGCCGUCAGAUCCUCGAGGGCCUGAGGCUCCUCCACGAUGGCGGCAUUUUUUUCGGUCACCUGCACGCGUCCAACGUAAUUGUGGAUGACGGCGUGUGUCGACUGAUGGAUGUAGAGAACGGCAUGCUGGGAGUUCCCUCAGCGCUGCGACCGGCCUUCAUCCAGCUCAGGAAGAUCAAUACCACAGAGAGCAUCGACGUCUUCUGCUUUGGACAUUUACUGUACGAGAUGAUGUACGGCCGGCCGCCGGACAGUGUCCCCGUCGAACAAUACCCCGAUGUCCCCUACACUGCCGUGGUGUCAGUGCUUCAGUCCAUUUUGUCCGCAGAGGCCUGUAAGAGCGGGAUGCCAACACUGGCGGCGCUCAUCCAAUCACCGCUGUUCAGUGAAGUCCAACUCCAACACUCAGAAAAACUCCAGAUCAAGGUUCCCAGCAGGCUAAAAGAGGCGCUGAAGACGGCGAAGGAGAGUCUGGAGAGGAGGCUGCAGGAAGAGCAGAGAGUGUGCCAUCAACACAGAAGGCUGACCAGAGCGAAGUCUCACCACGGCUCCGAGGAGGAGAAGAAGAGGAGGAAGAUUCUGGCGAGGAAGAAGUCGAGACAGUCGGCUUUUGAAAAUGAAGAAGACGUCUCUGUCAGAAACAACAAUAACUCGGGUUCUGGAGCCAGUUCACCUCCCACAUGCCCCUCCUCCCCCACCCCCCCAUCCACCACAGGAGCCCUGACUGCUCCUCCCCCGCCUCCUCCUCCUCCUCCUCCUCCUCCCCCUCCUGCACUAGACUCUCCCUCCUGUCCUCCUCCUCUUUCCUCUGAUGGAGCACGAGGAGGUCGUACGGCCUUGCUGAGCUCCAUCCAGGGCUUCAGUAAGGGCAAACUGAAGAAGGCCGAGACUGUCGACCAUAGCAAACCUAUCAUGUGACCCCCCCUGCCUCCAUCUCCUAUCCUCCACCAGGAAACCUCCGUCACUACGACACCACCGACCCCCUGGUUUUGCACUGUGGUCCCGGACCGUCGCUCCCUGAGAUGUGAAAAGGAUUCACAAAAAAAAAAAAAGAUUUUAGUUUUUAUCGCUGCUCCUGCUUUUUUCAGCUUUUCAUUUUAAAUCUGUGGUGGGAAAGAGUAGAGGACAGCCGGGGGGAGUCUGUCCUUUCAGAAACUGAACAAUCAUCUGAAGGUUUGUCCUCUUUGACUGCAUUCUCAUGAGGAAACACCGGGCUCCAGAUAAAAACGCUGGGGAACUGGGUGUGGUUGGGUUUUUGCUGCUGCUUAUUCUCUGCUGGUAAAAGUGGUGGGAUUUGAACGUUUUGGAGCCACUAUGGAUGCUUCAUCUCGCUGAUCAUGACAUGAAUUCCCUGGAGACUAAACUGUAAAUCAGUGCUCUGACACUGGCGCUGCACUGCUCCUGAAUCCGGUCCGAGCUCCAGAAAGUUGAUCUAGACCUUCUCUCUUUUUAAAUCAUCUCAAAACAUUCGGCACCGCUCCUUCACUGCAGGAAGUCUGUAUAGCACACGGCAAAAUGUAAUUUCUGUCUUAAAUAUUUCUUAUUUUCCUAAAAUAAAUGGGAGAAAAAACCCUUGAGUGCAAAAUAUUAAACUUCUCUAUUUUAGGCUUUUUGUGUUCAUAAGGCAGGUCGCUCGAUUUGAAAUUAGAAAAAACAAACUUGAUCUUUGAAAAUAUUCACAUACAAGUUGAUUUUCACUGGAAGCAAGUUUGAAAUGAACCUCCAGGUGUUUUUCAACCUCACUAGGAAAAUAAGACCCAAGUUACAGACAGAAAUUACUUGAUGAAAGGAUGUUUGCAGCAAAUAUAAAUUUCUCACAAAAAUGAUGCUUCGCUGAAAUGAAGAAGCUAGUGAAAUACAUCCAAUAUGUGCAAUGGAAAUAAAGUAUUUAAAUAAUGACGUAAAUAACUUAAAUGUCCAUUACAGAAACAAACAUGUGAUCUGUACCAUUUUAGGUUUGACUGUCAGCCUGUUCAUACGUCAUUCCUCCCUCUUCCUUUGUUAAAUGAAACUGAGCACCACUUACAUUUCAUCUUGAUGCAUCCUAAUCAUCUUGAUAGUGGCUGCAAAUGCAAAUGAAUCAGCAUUUGUUUUGCUAAUUUUUUGCGCUACAUUUGGAUUGAAAGUUCACUCAUGCUAUGGAAAAAAUAACAAUACACAUCUUUUUACGUGGUAACCACUCUGCUUUGUUUAUUCAUGUCCAGGGUAGGGCUCGUAUGGAAGCCCUGAGAGGAAAGUGAGGUAAACAAAAAUCUGGUGAUCCAUUUUCUGAUCAAAAUCUGUUCUUAUUAGUUUUCUCUCCCGUUUUUAUGACUUAAAACAUUUUGGAAAAAAGUUCCUAAAUCAGUUUUCUCCUCGCCAAACAGGAAACAAAUGUUUGUAGGUAAAUAAAACCAAUACUUUUAUCCGGAUUAAGUACAUGUGGUAGUGGUCCACUCCUGCCUCUUGUGGCCAAGCUGACUAAUAGUAAUUUGGAGAAAUGAUCCUGCAUGGCAACACUUUUCCCCCCAAAGGAGACAUAGACAAAAAGGUUCUUGCACAACUUCAUAAACACAGAAGGAUCUGUUUUAGAUCAGACUGAAAAAAAGUAAAUCACCAGAAUAUUUCCCUCCUUGUUGCCUCUCAGGGCUUCCAUAGCUGCACAUGAACAUUUCAAACCUGUUGGAAUUUAGAGCACUAAUUCAACUUUUCCUCCUUUCUUCUUCAGUGAAAUUGUCACCUUCAUUCUGUAACUGCUGCCACAUGUAACUAAGAGAUGUCUGACAGUUAAUGUGGUAAAUGAGUGUGAGGUGGUGUGUGCCACUACUAGUGCUUGUGCAGCUGCUCUCUCCAUUGGACAUAAUGGCUUUGCUCUACACAAUGUCAAUUUUGCACUUUUUGGUGUGAAAGACUGAAUCACAGAGAUACAGGUCAGACAUUAGUUUUGUCCCGGGUCAGAAAAACCUGGCUCAACAGCUCUGAUUGUUUUUAGGGUCUGAAAUUAAUCUGAAAUACUUUUUCUUCACCCAGAUCGCUAAUAGGUGUAAGUGUAAUAUUUUUAUGUUAUUUUUGCUUCUUUGCAUGGCAAUAAAUUCAUACUAUUUCACAUUUCUGAUUUCUGAAAAUCUACUUGCAGAUACUUGUUACUGAGAGAAAAUCCAUCAUAGUCAAUAUUUACUCACCUUUAGCUUAACUUUAUCACUUCAUAGUCAUGUGGUGAAAGUCGCUUGCAUGAAUUGUUUUGAACAUUUACCAUUUUUCAAAUGUACAUCAGAGACGUUAAGUAAUUCAAGAACAUAACCUGACUUCAAAUGAUGCUUUAGGCCGCAUCUUUGCUCAUUCUGCAGAAUUUGGAUUUGAGUUUCAUAUUGUUAUGUAAUGCACAGAUCUUUAAAUAAAUAACCAAGCUAUGGGACAUAAUUGGGGUUGGAAAAUGAUGAUUUAAGAAAAGCUUGAUUGGUUCAUCAGAAUCGAUUUAUUUGAUUAUUAUCUGUUAAUUCAUCACCAAGGAAUGUUUUAAAAGCUAUAAAUGGAGUUUCCUUAUUUCUUUAUAGAAAUAACCUGAAGGAAGGAGAUCGGUCCUCAUUAUCUUUAGAUUUGAUAAUCUGACCUUCACUGUGGGUGCAACCUGUUUUUGUUAAUCAACACUGUUGACACUAGCAUUGUAACCCUUUUAUCUUCCUUUGACGUCCAUUGAGGCUUAAUUUCAGACCCUGAAAGUGCUGAUUCCUGUUAUUCCUUGUUAAGUCUUUUUUUGCAUCUGUUUGUAUUCUGUAGUUUUGUAAUAUGUGUGUCACAGAGCUGAGAUUAUUUUAUUGUGCCAUAUGGAUCCUUGUGCCUAUGGAAAUAGGAAUGUUUUUUUUUUUAUAUAAUAAGUGACAAUAUCCUAUACCAGAUGAUCUGUUUGUACACAGUUCUGUCUGCAGCUUAGGGUUUUCUUUGACUUUUUUCAGUGCAAUCCGAAUGUGAUGUUCAUUCAGAUGGAUGCUGAAUUGCAUCAGUAUGUUUGUCUGCAGCACUUUAUCCACGAGGGGUGGAAGACAGAAGUACAGAGGUGUUAUUCUUUUUUUUCUAAACAAUUAAAAGUCCCAGAGCUGCCCUGGAUUACUAAUAAAAUGGUAUGAAAACCACUCUUCAAUCUCCAGAAGGUAAAUGCAUCAACUGUUUUGCCCAGUUAAUUCCUUCAAAAUGAGGAAUAUCUCUACAUUAAAUGCAUCUGCAAAACUACGCUCUUCAUCUAUAUUUCAAUUUAAAUACAACAUAGCCAACCUGUUGUCAUGAAAACUAUUUGAAUAAAAAAUUGUUCAGUAAAAUUGAGA